AGAAAUUGCAGUCUAAAUCUGUCAACCGGAAGUGCCGGUGGCGAACGACGUGUAAAAUAAAUAUUUUUAUCAAAAUAGCAUACAAAGACAAUGCAUAGAUGACAAAGGCCACUUGUGAACAUAUAUUUUAGGACCAGACAUCAGAAUACAUCAUUUUUAUAUCUAAAGACGAACAGCGUGAAUACUAAUCAUGGAGGAUGAUAUACAGCCUUCAAGACCUAAUGUGGUGAAACAGCUCUUCAGGAGAAUUGGAGAGAUCCAGCAAGGAUUGUUAGACCAGGCCACACCACACAUGACGUUUAGAUGGGCUUUGACCCUUGUUUUGUUUAUAUUAUACUUCCUUAGAGUAUAUUUACUACAGGGCUGGUAUAUAGUGACUUACGCUUUAGGAAUUUAUCUACUGAACUUAUUUAUUGGAUUCCUCACACCAAAGAUAGACCCUUCACUUAAUAUGGACAGCGAUGAAGAUGGGCCAGAACUACCUACCAGGUCAUCAGACGAAUUCAAACCCUUUAUGAGGCGAUUACCAGAGUUUAAAUUUUGGUAUUCAGGUACAAAAGCGGUUUGUGUGGCAACAUUCUGCACAUUCUUUGAAGCGUUUAAUAUACCUGUGUUUUGGCCUAUACUAGUGAUGUACUUUAUCAUUUUAUUCGUGAUUACUAUGAAGAGACAAAUUAAGCAUAUGAUUAGACACAAAUAUGUACCAUGGUCAGGAGGCAAAACUAAAUAUAAAGGCAAGGAAGACACAGGAAAGGUUGUGGUUGCUAAGUAACUGUUGCCAUGGAAACACUGUUGCCAUGGAGACUAAAAUAAUUAACAUUUCUAGUGUUCUCUUUUAUAUUUCGAGGAGAAAAUGAGAGAGAGAAAAAAACAUUUACAAUGUUAUGUUAAUUGUUGAAACUUAUGCUCACCAGUAUGAUCAAGAAAAAAACAAUUGAGAAAUUUUGAGAAGUAUUGUUUGUUUGAAGUCAAUAAUUAUACUGAAUGUAUUCAAGAGUAUUGUAGAGAAAAUGUGGAAAAAAAAUGGAAUGAUGCAGCGUGAUGUGUGUAGUUUCUUUGUUUUUGAUAAUUUAUAAUUUUUGUAAUUGGAUAUAAAAUUGACUUUGAUAAGGUUUGUUACUUUUAUAAGGGAGAUCUGCCAUAAUUAAAGCUGAUAGCUGCCUUAGAAUAGAAAAAUUUGGAAAAUGGUGAGAUAGUUUAGAUAGAAGGAAUGAGUGUUUUCAAGGCAUGGUGUAACAUUGCAUAGAACAGGUGUUGCAAGUGGAGAAGCAAGGCACUUUAUCAUACCAAGUGUUAACAAGUAAGAAAAUCAUUGCUGCCACAUAAAUGUUUGUCUGUCAGUAAACUUAAUUCCUAUGAAUUUCAAUAACCCAAGAUCUUAGUUUUACAGCUGAGUUUGGAGACGAGUGUCGGAAUGCAAGCUUGCCAUUGGUCACCUUUAAGACUCUAUAACAGCCAAUCAAAUUCAAGAUCUUUUGGACUGGUCAGCAAACUCGGCUGUUUAUAACCUUUGGCCCUAAAGUACAUGACUGUGUGUUCUAGAACAUUGAUCUCUGUUUGUCAGCAAACUGCUUAUUCUGGUUAUCAGUUUGAUAGAUAUUUUUCAAGAGCAUUGAUUAGAAAUUGUUUUACAUCAGUUGAAAAAAAUUGGUAGGGAAAAUGAAGGAUGCAAGAGAAUGAAAAAAGUUCAUGAUACAGAGUUUAGAUCAAUGGUCACCUCUCAAAUUGACGAACCUACAAAAAAUUGCCUUUUCUGAAUAAUAAGAUUUUUUUUUUUUUUUGUGUUUCUUUUUUAAUUGACAGGAAUAGCCAAAGUUACAAAAAUGUUAAAACUGCAAUUUAGUUUACUUCAUUCACUUUACAUGAAAAGUUCUAAAGUUGCAAGUCUCUGUCUAGUUUGCUUUUUUUAACAUUUUCUUUCUUCCAAGAGUUGUGGUUCAAUAUUUUGUUUAAUGAUCUAAUAAGGCUUUACUGAUUUAAUGGAAGAUUUAACAUUUUAAAAGAUAUGCUAAAUGAAGUCCUAUGUUUAAUGAAGUGAAAAAAAACUGAAAUUGCCCAAAAUGUAGGUUAGGUAUUUUGAAUGACGACCAUUGAUAUAUGUGAUGAUGAAACGCAUACAUCCUAUAUAUAUAUACAUAAAUUGAAUUAUAAAUAUGUACAUUUUGUUGCGUGUAGUUGAUGUGUUACUUACAAUAAAUGUUUCAUUAUAAUUAAUACCAUCGGAUACCUGUAUCAUUGCCCACAAUUCCAAGUGUAACUGUUGUUUGUCUGUAAAAUACAAAUGUUUUCUGUUGUUGUUUGUAACAACUAUAUGUAUGUGUUUGUAACAUUAUACGAGAGAUAAAAUGUAUUACAUGUUUUUUUCAUUUUUAGCUCGACUAUUCAAAGAAUAAGUAGAGCUAUCCUACUCACCACGGCGUCGGCGUCGGCGUCACACCUUGGUUAAGUUUUUCAGACCAGUCCACAUUUUGACAAAGUCUUUUGAGAUAAAGCUUUGAAACUUUCAACACUUGUUUACCACCACCAUGGCCAGUUAUAGGCAAGAGCACAUAACUCCAUCAAGGAUUUUGGCUGAAUUAUGGCCCCUUUUGACUUAGAAAUCAUGGUUUAGUUUUUCGUAUCAGUUCAUAUUUUGACAAAGUCUUUUAAGGUAAAGCUUUGAAACUUUCAACACUUGUUUACCAUCACCAUGGCAAAUUAUAGGCAAGAGUACAUAACUCCAUCAAGGAUUUUGGCUGAAUUAUGGCCCCUUUCGACUUAAAAAUCUUGGUUAAGUUUUUCGUACCAGUUCGAAUAUUGACAAAGUCUUUUGAGAUAAAGCUUUGAAACUUUCAUCACUUGUUUACCAUCACCAUAUCCAGUUAUAGGCAAGAGCACAUAACUCCAUCAAGGAUUUUGGCUGAAUUAUGGCCCUUUUUGACUUAGAAAUCUGGUUUAAUAUUUCGUACCAGUUCAUAUUUUGACAAAGUCUUUUGAGAUAAAGCUUUGAAACUUUCAACACCUGUUUACCAUCACUAUAUCCAGUUAUAGGCAAGAGUACAUAACUCCAUCAAGGAUUUUGGCUGAAUUAUGGCCCCUUUUGACUUAGAAAUCUUGGUUAAGUUUUUCGUACCAGUUCAUAUUUUUUGUAAAGUGUUUGACAUAUGGCUUUGAAACUUUUAUCACUUGUUUAGUAUAAUAGUCUCUAUCUGUAGGAAAGAGUACAUAACUCUGUCAUCUAUUUACAUAACAUAACUCCAUCAAGGAUUUUGGCUGAAUUAUGGCCCUUUUUGGACUUUGAAAUUGGUUCUGUUUUCAUACAAGUCCACGUUUUGUCAAAACUAUUUGACAUAUGGCUUUUAAACUUUGAACACUUGUUUAUCAUUAUGAUUUCCAUCUGUAGGCAAGAGUACAUAACUAUUUUGACUGAAUUGUGGCCCUUUUUGGACUUUGAAAUUGGUUCAUACAUUGCCAUUUAGUGCAAGACUUAUCGAAAUCAAAGAAAUACAGGAACAUUGUUUGUCUAAUCUAUUUAUUUCUUUUGUCUGAAUAUCUGUGGAAAUAUUUUGACCCCAUUCUUCAAUCAAUUCUUCGAAUAGUCGAGCUCGCUGUCAUCAGACAGCUCUUGUUGAUAUUGUUUUCAAUCUCCGGAUUAGUGAUACGUCUGUAAGAAUUUUUAGAAUAUGGCUGAAUGAACCCUUAUCCUGCUAAAUUUCUAUAUUGAACUGGUCUGUCGUUAAAUUUGGACAGUACCUUAAACUGUUAAAAGGGGUGCUUACCAAAAAGAUACUGACUGAAUGUCGAACAAUGCAGACCAUGAUCAGACUGUGCGGAUAUGGUUGCAAAGGCAGAAUCACUUGCUGCUAGCAGGCUAAGGGUUAAUAUCAUAAUUAAUCUGGUUCAGUGUUGUAAUUUUAAGCCUUACAAUAGAAGUAGGCAGUUGUUAAGCCUGUCCAUUAAGCUUUAAAGACCAGUAACACUUAAAAUUGUGUCUAAACAACUAUAAAGCAACUCUCCACAUAGAGAGUACAGGUAUGCAUAAUGACAUGGUUAGAAAAGCACUACUUUCAAUGCUGUGAAUGAAUUUAUAGGAAUAUAAUCAUGAAGGGAGGUAAUCAAAAAGAAUGGGUUCUUUGUUACUUUCUACUUUGUGAAUCAGAUAUAUUCAGGCAUUUGAAAAAUAUGUUAGAAAAUCUAAAUGUUAGUUAUCGAAAAUAAAGUUUAACAAGAAAUUGGUUUAUUUUAUGUUCGUAACAAAAAAAUAUGUUAGGCACAUUAUAAACAAUCAUUAUGGCUUUUUCACACAGGAAAACACUUAUGCCAGGUUUUCUUGGCAAUAUAUUAGCUAUAUAAAUCUGAAUCACUAAAAGACUUGUUUAGAAAAACUAAGCAUCAUUGCAACACUGAUUGGCUCAUCUUUGUUUAGAGUUGGAGGGCUAUUUUUGUGAUAAAAAAUACUGAUUUUUAGGGAAAUAAUGCACAGGGUUUCUCCUGUGAUAAAUAAUGUCUUAUUUGAUAUUAAAUCUGAGGUAAGGCUUUAAUUACUUGGUGAGUUAGUGACCCUAGGGGUCACAGUGAAAAUACAGUGGGCCAGUAUGAUCAAUAGGGGCACUCGGCAUAAUUUUGGUUUGCUUUGUCAACAUAGCAUUUUGACAUUUAAGACUGGAGUUAAGGAUUUUGACAUUUAAGACUGGAGUUAAAGCUGUUAAAAGCUGCUGAAAAUGAGUUUAAACCAGUCUUCUUUCUUUUAAACAAUUUCAAGAAAUUUUUAAUGUAUUUAGUUGAAAAUUUAAUAUUUCUGUUUAUGUUAAACGGCAGGUUGCCAAUAAAAGUGUGUAAGUGUCAAGUUUGUGUCAAUAUAUCUAGUCUGCAAUUUUGUUACUGCUUUAAUAGUUUUUCCACAUAAAAUGCUCCAAACUGGUCUUAUAUUUUACGCAAUUUCUGCUUUCAAGUCCUAGUGAAAUUGUGAUUUUGACCAUUAUAAACAUAGUCUCCAAAAUGUUUUUCCAACGCGUGAGUUCUGGUAUGAAAAUACAGGGAACAGUCAUCAAGUGUAUUUAAUAAAGGUUGCAAAACAGUGUUUAUAAAGAUUAAUAAUUUCUAAGUUUGAGAAUUUAUAAAGUAGUUACUUCCCUUUACUUAUCCCUUUGCCGAGUAUUCAGCAGGAUGGAUAGAAUGUCUGUGCCAUUCUCAGUUUUAUACAUGUUUUCUGUCAGGUGUUAAUGUAUUUAAAUACUUAUGUAUUGAGAAUUAAUUUAGAUACACUUGACAACUUACAUUGGAUUUGAGCUUCUAUUCAUCAAUGCUCUGGACUUGUACAUGAAAGUGCCAAAUUCUCACUUGGCAGCAAAUUUGUUUAUAAUGCAAAUGUCCAAGUGAAUAUGUAUAUUAACCUUUCAGAAAACACCCCUUUGAAUAAUAAGUGGUACUGCCCAAACUGAAUGAUGGACCAGUCCAUUUUAAAAAUUUAGCAGGCUAAAGGUUAAUAUGAUUCUGUUUGUAAAGUCUUACUAGUUCCAUGGUGUAAGUUUUGAUGUUUGAGAAAUAAUUUGUCCGCUACAGUUUCCUCUCUUGUAAUUACCUUUAGAUUUUGAAACAUCUUCAAACAUUUCAGUAGUAUGACAUUGAAAGGUAUGAUUGGAUAGAAACAUUAUUGUUUAUAUUAUUUUGAUGGCAGCUACAAGUGGUACCAGAAAAGAUGUUGUUUUUAUGCCCCCACGCAUAUAGCGAUUUAACUAUCCGUUUGUCCAUACCAGAUUGCCUACAGCCCGCAAUAAUGACCUGAUUUAGUUCAAAAUCACACUCAGUAAUCCCUGAGACAAGGCUAACAAACUGACCUGUAUAUAAAUGACCUUGACCGUCAUAAUGAUCAUCACCUCAAAAAAAAUAUCUUUGGUCAAACACCAGAGUGGGGGGCAUGAUUUUGCAGCUCUUUCUUUUUUUCACACAUCUAAUCUAUCUUGUUGAGAAUAUUUUGUGAUGUUCUUUAUUUUGACUGGCAGUCAGAAUUGCUCUAUUUUUAGUGCCUGUCUGACUGUUUGCAAAGGAGUUCAAGUGCAAGAGUUGUGAGUUAAAUCCCUGGACAAGUGCGUGUUUUCCAUAACAUUUUUUAGGUCAUCUGAUUUUUAAAAAAAAAUCUACGAGGUAUUGCCACUUGAUCGUCGGUGUUGGCGUUGGCGUUGGCGUUUGUUAAAAUUUGUUUAUGUCCACCUUUUCUCAGAAACUGUAAGAGCUGCAGCUUUGAAACUUUGCACACUUGUUGAUCAUCAUUAGAUGACUUUGUAGAACAAGAACAAUAAUUCUGAUAUGCAUUUUGUCAGAAUUAUGGCCCUUUUUGUACUUAGAAAAUUUGAGUUUCUUGGUUAAAAUUUUUGUUUAGGUCCACCUUUUCUCAAAAACUAUAAGAGCUACAGCUUUGAAAUUUUGCACACUUAUUUAUCAUCAUUAGAUGACUAUGUAGGCCAAGAACCAUAACUCUAACCUGCAUUUAUCAGGAUUAUGGCCCUUUUUGUACUUAGAAAUUUUGAACUUAACUAAUUUCUUACAUACUGUCCAGCACUUGCAGACGAGUGAUGGCAUCCGUAUGCAGUGCUCUUGUUCAGCUUUGUUUUAAGUCAUUCCUCCUAAAGCUAUGGGAUAUUGACACUUAAUUGCAGAGAACAAGACAAGACUGGUUUUGGUUCUGAUUCCAAUAAAAGACGAUACUGUCGUAUCAAAUCUUUUCAUGCAACAAAAAUUUCAUCAAAGCCUGUCUUAAAAUCUUAUAAUGCUAGCAUUAAUUUCUGCUUAUAAAGCUGUAAAAUGUUCCUGUAAAUGUAAUUAAUAUCUGAGUUUUCAUGAUGAGUAAAAUAUGCAAAAAUGAUAACAAAAAUACUGUGAAAUUAAGGAAAACUUAUAUGAUUCAUAAAACUGCUGAUUUUGCAGUAAGUCAACAGACAACCAAUAUGUAACUGAUAUCUUGCUAUAAAAUUAGGUUAAACUCGUAUAAAAAUGUAAUGGCUAGUAAAUUAUUUCUUGUAAAUAAGAAUCGUUUUGUUUUUGUUGUACUUGUAGUGAGAAUUGACUGAUUCAUUUGCUAACAAUGAAUAAUUCGUUAUUUAUUUAGUCAAUAUUAAAUUUUCUGUGUGAUUUGAUAUUCCUGUUCAUUCAUUUGCAAACAAGCUAUGUAUCUGUUGUUCAGAAUGUCUGUUAGAUUUAUAGGUACUUGAGUGUGUAUUAGGGAGGGAGGGAGGGGCUGUGCUUAUCAUGAAAUUAUAAAAGAAGUUUCCGCUUGAUUGACUCAUUUUUUAGCUCACCUGUCACAAAGUGACAAGGUGAGCUUUUGUGAUCGCGCGGCGUCCGCCGUCCGUCCGUGCGUGCGUCCGUGCGUGCGUCCGUAAACUUUUGCUUGUGACCACUCUAGAGGUCACAUUUUUCAUGGGAUCUUUAUGAAAAUUGGUCAGAAUGUUCACCUUGAUGAUAUCUAGGUCAAGUUCGAAACUGGGUCACGUGCCAUCAAAAACUAGGUCAGUAGGUCUAAAAAUAGAAAAACCUUGUGACCUCUCUAGAGGCCAUAUAUUUCACAAGAUCUUCAUGAAAAUUGGUCAGAAUGUUCACCUUGAUGAUAUUUAGGUCAAGUUCGAAACUCGGUUACGUGGGGUCAAAAACUAGGUCAGUAGGUCUAAAAAUAGAAAAACCUUGUGACCUCUCUAGAGGCCAUAUUUUUCAUGAGAUCUUCAUGAAUAUUGGUCAGAAUGUUCACCUUGAUGAUAUCUAGGUCAAGUUCGAAACUGGGUCACGUGGGAUCAAAAACUAGGUCAGUAGGUCUUAAAAUAGAAAAACCUUGUGACAUCUCUAGAGGCCAUAUUUUUCAUGAGAUCUUCAUGAAUAUUGGUCAGAAUGUUCACCUUGAUGAUAUCUAGGUCAAGUUUGAAACUGGGUCACGUGGGGUCAAAAACUAGGUCAUUAGGUCUAAAAAUAGAAAAACCUUGUGACCUCUCUAGAGGCCAUAUUUCUCAAUGGAUCUUCAUGAAAAUUGGUCAGAAUGUUCAGCUUGAUGAUAUCUAGGUCAAGUUCGAAACUGGGUCACGUGGGGAUAAAAACUAGGUCAGUAGAUCUAAAAAAAGAAAAACCUUGUGACCUCUCUAGAGGCCAUAUUUUUCAUGAGAUCUUCAUGAAUAUUGGUCAGAAUGUUCAGCUUGAUGAUAUCUAGGUCAAGUUCGAUACUGGGUCAUGUGGGAUCAAAAAUUAGGUCAGUAGGUCUAAAAAUAGAAAAACCUUGUGACCUCUCUAGAGGCCAUAUUUCUCAAUGGAUCUUCAUGAAAAUUGGUCAGAAUGUUCACCUUGAUGAUAUCUAGGUCAAGUUGGAAACUGGGUCACGUGCGGUCAAGAAGAAGGUCAGUAGGUCUAAAAAUAGAAAAACCUUGUGACCUCUCUAGAGGCCAUAUUUUUCAAUGGAUCUUCAUGAAAAUUGGUCAGAAUGUUAACCUUGAUGAUAUCUAGAUCAAGUUCGAAACUGGGUCACGUGGGGUUAAAAACUAGGUCAGUAGAUCUAAAAAUAGAAAAACCUUGUGACCUCUUUAGAGGCCAUAUUUUUCAUGAGAUCUUCAUGAAUAUUGGUCAGAAGGUUCAUCUUGAUGAUAUCUAGGUCAGGUUUGAAACUGGGUCACGUGGGAUCAAAAACUAGGUCAGUAGGUCUAAAAAUAGAAAAACCUUGUGACCUCUCUAGAGGCCAUAUUUCUCUAUGGAUCUUCAUGAAAAUUGGUGAGACUGUUCAGCUUGAUGAUAUCUAGGUCAGGUUCGUAACUGGGUCAUGUGCCGUCAAAAACUAGGUCAGUAGGUCGAAAAAUAGAAAAACCUUGUGACCUCUCUAGAGGCCGUAUUUUUCACGAGAUCUUCAUGAAAAUUGGUGAGAAUGUUCACCUUGAUGAUAUCUAGUUCAAGUUUAAAAGUGGGUCACGUGCCUUCAAAAACUAGGUCAUUAGGUCAAAUAAUAGAAAAACCUUGUGACCUCUCUAGAGGCCAUAUUUUUCAAUGGAUCUUCAUGAAAAUUGGUCAGAAUUUUUUAUCUUGAUGAUAUCUAUGUCACAUGUGCUGAAAAACUAGGUCACUUUGUCAAAUAAUAGAAAUAACGACGUCAUACUCAGUUCAACACUGGGUCAUGUGGGGAUAGGUGAGCGAUUCAGGACCAUCAUGGUCCUCUUGUUUUAUUAUUUAGUUUUUCAUUUAGACUAUCUUUUUUAGCUCACCUGAGCCAAAGGCUUUUGUGACCGCUCAAUGUCCGUCGUGGGUUGUUCGUCCGUCAACAAUAUCUAAAAAAUCUUCUUCUUCAAAACCAUAGAGAUUUACACCAAGCCUCACAGGAAUGAUCCUAAGGUAGCCCCCCACCCCUCCUUUAAAAAUUGUUCAAAGAAUUGAAUUCCACACAGAACUGGUUGCCAUGGCAACCGAAAGGAAAAAUUAAAAAAAUCUUCUUGUCCAAAACCGCAUGGCGUAGAGCCUCGAUAUUUGGCGUGUGACAUCAUCUCAUGGUACUCUAUGAAGAUUUUUCAAAUUAUGCCCCUGGGGUGAAAAGAGGCCCCGUCCUGUGGGUCCCAAGUUUUACAUAGACUUAUAUAGGAAAAGACUUUAAAAAUCUUCUUGUCUGUCUGUCUGUCUGAAAGUUCAAGACCUAGGCCUUUGAUAUUUGGUAUGUUGCAUUGCCUAGUGGUUCUCUAACAAGAUUAUUCAAAUUAUGCCCCUGUGGUGAAAAGAGGCCCACACUCUGGGGGUCACUUGUUAUAUGAGUUGUAUAGGAAAAAAAAUACUUCAAAAAUUAUCUGAUCACAUUUACAAGAUUGUUUAAUUAUAAUUACCUGAUGACCCCAAGUAUUUAGGGGUCACUUGACUGUGACCUUUACUUACUGACCCACUUUCUUGUCUUUAAGAUACUGCCUCAAAAUUUUGAUGACAUAAAACAAUUUUGCACACCAAUCUUAACACUGACUUUCAUUGACCAUGAAUGUGACCUACUGACCUACUUUCUUAAUAUUUUAGCAUCAGUUUGACAUUUGAAACAUGUAGCUCAUAUUACUCAGGUGAGCGAUCCAUGGUCAUCAUGACCCUCUUGUUCAAAUAGUAGUGCAUUUGUCAGCAGUCAACGUCCAUGCCUGCAGAAGAAAAGGUUUACAUUUAAGCAGUUUUCCCAAAAACUACCAGCCAAUGUACUUUCAAACUUCACAUGUCUUCGAAAUUAUUAGUUGACCUCACAGGACAAGUUACAUAACUCUAGCUUUUAUUUUUUUGAAACUAUGCUCCCUUUGAACUUGGAAUUUCACAUUAAAAUUUUGCAUUUAAGCAGGUUUCUCAAAACGUACUCGGCCAAAUUCUUUCAAAUUAAACACAUAUCUUUAGCACCAUGAGAUGAUCUAUCAGAACAAGUUAUAUAACUCUAGCUUCUAUUUUGGCACAAUUAUUCUCCUUUUUCACUCAGAAAUUUUGUUGACAGUUUGAGAUGUAAGCAGGUUUCUCAGAAACUAUUGUAUUGAGUGCUUUCUAACUAUUCAUAACUCUUCGGCAUCAUGAAAUGACCAUUCUGAACUAGGUUCCAUAAAUCUUACUUACCCUUUACAAAAUUAUGCCCCUCUUUCAAUUUAGAAAAUCUUAUGAAAGCUUUUGUAUUUGAGCUAUUAUUAAGUGGAAUUGCUUCAGAUAGUUGAGUGUGCUGUCAUCAGACAGCUCUUGUCUUACUUAACUUUGAAAAACAUUGAUUUAUAUUACUUAAAGAGAUUUUUAAGAUUUUUCACUUGGGGUGUUGAAUUCUUCAUGUGAGGAAGCCAUCCAGCUGGCUUAUGGAAGGUUGGUGGUUCUACACAGGUGCCCGCUUAUGAUGAAAUAAUGCACUUUGAAUAUCUUCUUCUCUGAAUCCACAAUUAGCUAGAACCUUGAUAUUUAUAUAAACCUAACUUUGUACUUGUACCAUUACAUUAUACAAACACACUUGAAGUCUUUUUACAGAUGAGCGCUUUAGGGUCAAUGACCCUCUUGUUUUUCUUCUCACAUAUAUGUUAUUAAUGUAAAAAGAGUAAGAAUGAAUGUUCACCAUUUCUUAAUCACUUAUUAAAUGUGCUUUAAAACAUCAUAUAGAUCCUACUGUUUCCAUGUUAUGAUUUGCAUAUUUUGGAUUUACUCAUGUUGAGGAUAGAGACUUACAGAUUAGGAGUACAGUAAUGGAAAAUAAUUUUUUAAAUACCCCAUGUUGUGUUAUUUUUGAUUUUUAAUUACUUAUAAGCAUCCUUGCAACAUUAUUGGCUCUUGAGUUUUAAUGGUAAAAUAUUAUGCUUACAGUGUGGAGCAGUUUUUGCCAGCCUUCAUUACUGUAUUUUCAAAUUUAUUAUGAAAGGGAUGCAUUUAUAUUGUUCCCCCCACUCCCCUAAUUUUAUUUUUUGGUGGGGGGGGGGUGGAACCCAGGAGUUGCCCUUAUCCAUCCACCUGUCCUGUCAGCAUUGUUAUUCAGCUUGGGAAAUUGUGCACCUGGUGUUUUAAUUUGGAUCUUCACACAGCCACACCAGAGUUAUGGUCCUCGACUUAGUCAAAAUGUGCAUAAAAGGGUCUGAGUUUGUGCCUUAUGUAUCUCAAAAAGUAUUUAACCCAGGAUUAUGAAACAUUAUAGGAAUAUUAUUCAGCAUUUGAUGCUGUGAACCUGGGGUUUUACUAGAGGUAUAACCAAACCAAAGCAGAGUUAUGGCCCUUGACAUAUUAGAAAUUUGCAUAAUAGGGAAUAAAAGUUUGUGUCGCACAUAUCUCAGAAAGUAUUUGACCUAGGGUCAUGAAACAUCAUCUGAAUAUUAUCCAGCAUGUGAAGUUCUGGAUUUCUGUCAGUCAGACCAGAGUUAUGGCCCUUGAUUGUCAAAAAUAUUCAUAAAGGGCAUACAAGUUUGUGUCACAUGUAUCUUAACAAGAAUAUCCUUUAGAGUCAUAAAACAUUAUGGGAUUGUUACUCAGCAUGUGAAGUUGAGCACCUGGUGUUCUGCCUGGGAUUUCACUCAUCUAGGCCAGAGUAAUGGUCUGUCACCUACUGAAAAUACUUGUAAAGUGGUUAAAGGUUUGUGUUGCAUAUAUCUUAAAAAUGUUUCAACUUGAGUCACGAAACAUGUUCAGUGAAAGGAGUUGGGGCACCUGUGUCCUAUGGACAUACAUCUUGUUAACAUCUGUGAGAAAAAUCCAUUAUCUCUUAUAUACUUGUAGGCCAGCUGCUGUAAAAUGUGACUGGAAGAAGGCCAAGUAGAUGAUAUAUAAUCAAACACAAUCUUAAGUAUUAAAAAGGAGAAAACGAAGAUUAGACCUCGCUUACACUACGGGAUUGAAAAUUGUCUUGGCUCUUAUUGCAGAAAUGCUGUUGUAUUAAACAUGUUUUCUAGCUUAGUCCUGCAGUUUUAUUUUCAGCAUAUUGGUAUUUUUAUGCUUCCCGUUAAAAAGCUGCAUUUUGAUAUUUUUAUGCCUCCAAAUGGCAUAUAGUAUUUCACACUUAAUUUGUUAGUCUGUCAGUCUGUCUGCGUAUCUGAAGCACUUUGUGCUGGACACGAUUUAUUCUACCUUUGCAACCAGUGUAGAUCAUGAUUAGCCUGCACAUCUGUGCCAUUCAGUCAGUAUAUUUUUUGUAAGCACCCCUUUUAACAGUUACUGGUACUGUCCAAAUUGAGUUAAUUAUAGAUAUUUAGCAGGCUAAGAGUUAAACAAUUCAAAUGAUUUCAGUGGAACUUGACACAAAUGUUAAUCACGUUGAGAAGGUGUUCAAAUCUAUACCUCCUAGGUCAAGGUCACAAGCAGGAGCAGACAAAUACUUGGCAGUUUGUCACUUACUAGUUAUAGCUGUUGUUAUAAGACAGUUCUAGUAAGUUGUAUCCUACAUAACUUGUACAAAAUAUUUACUAACAAAAUCUUUUAGUCAAAAAUGUAAAGUGUUGUAUGUUAGUGUAAACGGGGUCUGAUAUCAGUAUACAAUCUCUAUGGCAGUGGAUUUGAGAAGCAGCUCAGUAAUUGUCCAUUUUAAUGCAUGUUUUGUUGUUCAUGAUUUCUUUGUUUAACAUUAUAAUGUUGAUAUUUAUAUGAAUUGUCAAUAGAAUGUACAAAAUAAAUUAUUUAACAUGUUCUA